CCGAACUGUUGAGAAAUACCAUUUCACUGCAAACGGUCAGUAAAAUUUUCACAUUCGUGUGGAAGUGUUGGAAAAGUUUUAGAAAUAAAUCUUUCAAUUUAUAAUUACUUAAAUUUAAACCACAAGGAUGGCCUGCACAAGCAUACCUGCCCAUAACCCGGCUGUGCCAUUUUUAGGGAAAUUCCACCACCCCCUGCACCCUGGAUCCAAAAUUAGAAUAGGCGGCAUGAUGACUCAAGGUGGUGACGAAAGAUUCGUUAUUAAUCUACAAUCUGGACCAAUUACCAAUCCCCGUGACGACACCGCUCUUCACCUAAGCAUUCGUCCUAGAGAUCAGACCAUUGUACGAAAUACAUACACCAACAAGCAAUGGGGUGCGGAAGAAAGAAGUGGUCACUGCCCAAUAAUACCAGGAAGGCCAUACGAUAUUGAAAUAGCUGUUCGUCUUGAUUGCUUCGCUAUAUUCGUCAAUGGAAGGCAUUAUUGUGAUUUUCGCUACCGAGCAGUCCGUUUCAAUCAUGUCUCAUUUAUCUCCGUGGAAGGCCAGACAAAUCUAAGAUUCGUAGAUAUACAUCAUUAGAGGGUGAUAGAACCAGGAAAUGUAAUACAUUCCCCUGAAGCAUAAAACGUGCAAAGCCCCACGUAAUCCAUCAAGAUAUUGUAAAUAAAUAAAUUAAUAAAAAAUAACGAAACA